UUUGUUCGAACGCCCGACCGCGCGCAGGCUGACCAGCUCACCGAGGAACAGAUCGCCGAGUUCAAGGAGGCCUUCUCCCUGUUCGACAAGGACGGCGAUGGCACGAUCACGACGAAGGAGCUCGGCACGGUGAUGCGCUCGCUCGGCCAGAACCCGACGGAGGCCGAGCUCGCGGACAUGAUCAACGAGGUCGACGCCGACGGCAACGGCACGAUCGACUUCCCCGAGUUCCUCACGAUGAUGGCGCGCAAGAUGAAGGACACGGACUCCGAGGAGGAGAUCCUCGAGGCGUUCAAGGUGUUCGACAAGGACGGCAACGGCUUCAUCUCCGCCGCCGAGCUGCGCCACAUCAUGACCAACCUCGGCGAGAAGCUCACCGACGAGGAGGUCGACGAGAUGCUCCGCGAGGCGGACAUCGACGGCGACGGCCAGAUCAACUACGAGGAGUUCGUCAAGAUGAUGAUGUCCAAGUAG